AAGAAGGGCCCGGAAGCCCUGGGGCGGGACGCCGGGGCUGCUUCGUCUUCCAUCUCCGCGCCUUUGCCUAGCUCGGGUCUCCUGGGGUCGCCAUGGGCCCCAGCAACCUGCCUACCCAGCUGCAGUUCAACAGGAACGUUCCUUCGCUGCCCGACAACCUGGCCAUCAGGUACUCAGGCCCGCGCCCCAUUGUCAUUGAGAAGCUGAGGCCCCCAGACAGAGCCAGCGCCCCUGGGCUUCUGGAGGACCCCUACCACCGGGCCUCGAUCCCCUUUUCAUUUGUAUCUGAAGAGAAACUCAGCCUGGCUGUCCACUUGGCCAAAAGAGAUGUCAAGAAAAAACAACUGCAAGAGCUGGUGAUGGGGCAGGGCCCUGCAAAGGGCAGCCGGAGCAGGACGGAGCCGACCGAGAAACCUCGGGGCCCCUUCCCAGGCAGGCAGCGUACCUCCCAGGUGGAGACGGCUGGCACCAGGGCCAAAGUCUACCUGACCCGGGACCCUGGGUGCAGGUCUCCACCCACGAGGGACCCGGGCCCUCAGCCCUAUGCCCCGAAGGUAGUGCCCUCUCAGAGUGUGCUUGAGCUCCGGCGGCUGCAGAAGGAGAUGAGCGCCUGUCUCCAGAGGAUCGAAGGGAUGGCCACCAAAGACAGACUGGAGGAAGGCCUGGAUCCAGAUGAGGCUGAGCGAAGUCGUGUGCGGAGGCAGGAGCAGGCCGUCCGCACAGCCCGCACACUCUAUGUGCUCCAGCAGCAGGUAAAAGAAAUCCAGGAGGAGCUGGACAGGUUGAGUCCACACAGAAUCAAGCACACUAAGAAGUCCAGGGCGAUGUCUCGAUUGGCAGCCGCCCAGCGAGGAGCCAUCCGCGCUUUGCAGAUGUUUGUCAAUCAGUUCACAGACUCGACGGGGCAGGCGGUUUCUGAGCGCUACAGAGAGCUGGGCAAUCUCAUUCGGCAGCUUUCCAUUUGCUCCGCCAGACUGGACACGGAUCCUUCUGUCCCGGUUGUGGUCCUCGAUCUCUUGCAGCAGAUAGAGGAGCUAGAUUCCCUCCUGGAAAGGAAACAGUCACUUAGAAAGACAAAGAAGCGCUUCCCUGGAGUUCAAAGCCAGUCUCCAUUGAGUUUCCCAGUGGCCUUGGAGAGGUCCUUUAGCACAUCACCAGUGAGAGAAAGGAAGCGCCUGGUGGCAAAGGAGAAACUUCCCCAGGAAGGGAGGCGGCCUGUUGUGAGAAAGCUCCUGGAGGGUAGGUGUUUUGCUGGCUGGUCUCAGGAGCGCUACUCCUGGAGGGCUUCUGGAAGCUCUCAAGAAGGCAGCCCUCCCUGGGUUUGGCUGAGAUUAUGGUCCGAGAACCUCAUGGACUUCUGGGAGUUACUUUCAGUAACACGGGACUGGGAGGAAGGCCUCUGGCUUGAUUUCUGCACAGUCUUCCUCUGGAGUGGAGAGCUUAAUAUGGUAAGGUCCUCCCUUGCCUGGCCAGAGAGACCUCUCCCAGCAAAGCCCUGGACCUGUGUGGGCCUCGUGCCUCGGGAAGUCGGGAGCUUCCUCAGGGAUCAGGAAGAAGAGGCAGAAGCCAAGCAGUCUGGGGACCAGGCCGGAGAGGAUCCUGAGGCCCAUUCUCCAGAUCAGCAGAAAACCCAGGUUCCCCAUUCAUCUCUGUCCAGGAAUAUAAUAUAUGAGCACCCAUCUUUUGCACUGAGUCCCCUGCGCCAGAUGUCGGGCCGGCCCGAAGAGGACUUCGCCUCCGACCAGAGUGUUGCUUUCAAAACGGGGCCGGCCUCGACGAAAGUGGAAGCCGUGAAAAAGCGGCUGCCCACCGCUGCCGGGACCCUCCGAAGGCGAGGUGCUGAGACGGCUGGGAAGGCAGAGCAAGGUUUCCAUAAAGCGGAAAGGCUGAGACCCCACCAGGCGCAGGCCAAGGACCACAGGUUCCAAAGGACGACCGUGUCAUUCAGAUUGAAGAGGAACCAGCCCCCCGCGAAGGACUGCCGUGCACCGUGGAUCCCUCCCAACCCCACCUCCCCGCCAGCCACCCCUAAAUGCAUCGCUUGGGGCAAGGGGAGCGCCAGCCCCAAAGAUGCCAAAAGGGAACCAUCUCCGCAGCAGGAGGCAGUCGAGGAGGAAGGAGCCCACACGGACCCCAUGGAGCACGAGGCCCUCAGGCAGCUGGCCUGGCACCGUCCAAAGACCAGGGUAGGGGGGCCCCAGCCCCAAAGGAGGGGAAAGCGAAGGAGCUGCCUUCAGACGCCCCUGGUACCCUCGCUGCAGACGAGGCUCGCCUGGCUAGAUGCCGAGAGUGCCCGGAGGCUGAAGGAGCUGGCUGACAUCCAGAGGCUGAGCACAUCUACAGCCAAGUUGGCAGACAAGGUGGAGAAGGCGGUUCUGGAGCGUCUGAAGCCCCUUUUGGACCAAGUGAAGGAAGCCGAUGCGCCUCUGAGGGAUCAUUUCUCUGUAGACAGAGCCGCGGCCCAGGCUCCAGAGAAGGCCCUGCCCAGAAGGGAGCUCCCUGACUCUGCCCUAGGCUCACAGCCCGAGGCUGAGGACAACCCCCAUCUUUGGACCAUGAUGCAGCGCAUGGAGGAGAUAGAACAAUACCAGGAGGCCGUCCGGCAGAGAUUCAGUCAGAUGGUCUACGCUGAUCUCGGUUUUGGGACCACAAGGGGGAGAAGCAACGGAGAAGGCCCAGCAGUAGAUGAAAGGCCAAGGCCUCCUCACCCCAUCCAGCUCACCAAGAGGGCAGCGAGCAGAGAGCCCGAAGUCAACAUUUUGCUUGAAAAACCUCUGGAUGAGAAGUAUUUUGAUGAAAGUGUGGACAUGGAGGAAAGAGGGGAGAAAAGGGCCCCCCUUGGGCCUGUGUCUUCAGCAGCCCCUCAGCAGCCAGAGGGCGGCAUCCUCCUGUCCGUGCCUCGGGAGAUGCUCCGGAACCUCAGCGAUUACCAGGACAGCUACCAGCAGUACCUCCGGACAAUUUCUCAUGAAUCCAUCGGCACUUUCAACCCGUGGAUUAUAGUGGAGAGCCUGGCAGAAGAGCUGGUCGAGGAGGCCCUGGAGGACGUGGCAGCCGAGCUCCAGGACGUGUGCGAGGAUUAUGCCGAGGCCGUGUUCACAUCCGAGUUCUUAGAGCCCUCAAAGUGAAAGCCCGCCAGGAGCAUUGCUCCCAAACCUUCCCUCUGUCUGUUGCCCCUGGAAAUGAAGCCUGGCAGUGCCUGCUGCCUCUGCACACAGCCUCUUGCUGGUCAUGUCUGGUUACCCUGUAAGGGGGGAGGGGUGAGAGCAGAGAGGACAAGCCGGCCCGCCUCCUCUCUGAGCAUUGGGCAAGAAGGGAGGGGCCCAGGCCAGGCGGCCACAGGCGGCAUCAGCCUUUGCGGGGCAGGCCCAGGGGAGCUCGUCCCCAGCCGGAGCAGUGACCGUCUGGCUUGUGAGGAGGGUCUCAGCACCCUUGGGCCAGCUGGGGAGCCUGGAAUGCUGAGUCACCCAUAGGAGAGGGCCAGGCUGGGCAGCAGGCCCGACCCUGGAGACAGUGUCAGUGGGGCUGUGCCUUAAGGUGGUGGGGGGGAUGGGGUCAGCUUGGACCCCCAGGGUGGGGGCCAGAGUGGAGCACUUGCUGGGAUGGGCUUGGUGGGGCUUUGUAAGCUCCUGGUAAAUAGACCUUUACCCCAGAACCCCCCGGGCCUUUCUCCUGGGCGGGGGGCGGCACACAAUGUAGUGUAGCCUCCCCUUUAGAGGAGAUUUCGGGGCUGAGGAGUUGGUGUGGCCGUUUUUUAAGGGCUGAUGAUGUUUGCUCGUUUGUUUUAA